AUGCCUGCCCCCGCCGAAACGCAAACAGCAACGCUGAACAAAUUUAUCGACGGCUGGAAGGGCUGGACUCCGGAUGGGUUCCUGGCUAGCUGGUCCGAAGAUUGCGCCCAAGUUACUCUCCCAUUUAGCUCUGGUGUAGCACCCCGCACUCGUGCGAUUACUGAGAAGCUAUUUCCGAAGCUGAUGUCUAUAUUGACGAAUUUUGAGCUUACCGUGCACAACGUGAUCCAUGACCCUGCUCAAAGCAAGGCGGUAAUUUAUGCAAUUACAACAGCGGAUUCUCCUUUUGGACCCUACAAGAAUGAACAUUCAUGUUUUGUGUGGUUCGAUGAGAGUGGCCAGUACGUGAAUCGGAUUGAGGAGAUGUUUGAUGGGGUGUUUAUGAAGACAUUCCUACCCAAAUUGGAAGCGUACAUCAAGGGGAAGGAGGCUUGA